GAGAGUUGUUCCCCUCUUUACAAUACGAUAAAGUUGUUUUGCAUUGAUACUUUUGUUCAUGACCACAAGAAGAUCAACAAUGGCAAGCUCUUUUGGCCUGCCUUCAAGGUUCUAAAUUGUGCCCAUGCAGAGGACCAACUUAAAAUUCAAGAUCGGACCUGAAAUGAUUGAUUGUGAAGGUGUCAGCUGCUUUUUAUUGUGCACAUAGAGAUUUGAGAACCAUUUCAUAAUGUUUCGUGGGAAGGACAAGGUGGCAGAUGUUCACGUGGUCAUUGUUGGAGCUGGUAUCUCUGGUCUCACGGCCGCAUACAAACUGAAGAUGAAAGAUCCAACGCUUAAGAUUGCUGUUUUAGAGGGGAAAGACAGGGUUGGUGGAAGGACAGAAACGGUGCCUCUUGUUGCCUACACUGGUUCAGACUCAUGGGACCUAGGUGGUCAAUGGGUAGGAAGAUGUCAAGUCCAUGUGACCAAGUUGUUGAAAGAACUCCAGCUGAAGACAUACCCUCAGUACAUUGCGGGCAAGAAGUUGAUGCAGCUAGGGCAGGGCAAGGUCCACUCGUACACAUCCACCAUCCCUCGCCUGUCUAUCCUGGAGCUCCUUGACUUGUACUUGUUCAUGUCCAAGAUUGAGUACUACCAGAAGCAGCUGUUGGUGGAAGACCCCUACUCGCACCCCAAAGCUGUUCAGUGGGAUGCCAUGAGUGCUGCGGCUUUUCUUGACCGCACUCUAUACACCAGUGCUGCCCGGGGGACAGUGGCAGCAGCAAUGCGCUGCGUACUGGGAUGUGAGCUGAGCCAGGUCUCGUUCCUCUACUAUCUCCUGUACAUACGGAUGGCUGGCGGCAUUACCCAGCUGAUCGAAGCCACUGAAAACACCGCUCAGGAAUCCCGGAUAUGUGGAGGAGCUCAACAGAUAGCUGUGCGUCUGUCACAACACAUCGGGGAGGAGUCGGUCCACUUAGGAGAUGCAGCGGCCUAUAUACAACAGGAAAAUUCUAAGUUUGUGGAGGUCUGGACGAAGGGUGGCAUGAAAUUCUGUGCGGAAUACGUCAUUCUGGCCACACCGCCCAAGGCACUAGAACAUAUCACCUUCAACCCUCCACUGUCCAGUGAGAAAGUUGACUUCAUCAAGAGAAUGCCUAUGGGGAGCAUGAUCAAAGUUAUUGUGACCUUUGAGAAAGCAUUUUGGAGAGCAUCCAACAUGUCUGGUGAGGUGGUCACUGACGGAGGCAUCUCCAGAGUGCACGGCUGUGCCAGAAGGCCUCUCUGUAUCACCUACGACGGCACCUCUGAGUCUGGCUGCCCGGCUCUUAUCGGCUUUGUGGGUGGUCAACCCGCUGUGGAGUGGGGGAAGAAGACUGCAAAAGUUCGGCAGAAGGCUAUACUAGAUCAUUUUGCUUUCUUCUUUGGGGAAGAAGUUUAUUCCUUCCUAGACUAUGUGGAGAAGGACUGGAACACAGAGCCUUACUCAUGGGGUGGCCCAGUGUCAUUCGUGUCCCCAGGAGGCAUGCAGAACUUUUGCCAUGCCAUUCAACACCCUGAGGGGAGACUUCAUUUUGCUGGUACUGAGACAGCGACAGCAUGGAGUGGCUAUAUGAGCGGGGCCGUGGAGGCAGGUGAGCGGGCCGCCCUGGAGGUUAUCUACAAACUUCGGCCAAAAUCUCUGAAUCCAGAGGAAAUUGUGUUAUCCAAGUCUUCACUGCACAGGGAAAAGAAAGAGUCUCACGAGGCUGUCAAACGCAACAUGUAUGGACGAGCUGUGAAUGUUGUCGGGGCUGCUGUCAUUACAUGUGGAGUUGCUACGGUUGCUGUGUAUUUUAUGAACAAAUACACGCAAUGGAACGUAAAGUUGCCAUUUUUAUCAUGAUUGGGAAAGUCGGUACUGUGUAAUAACUUUCAUUUUUCAACUGUGAUACUUGCUAACUAUUAUUCUAAGGUGGAUAAGAUAUUUAACUGUUUUCAUGUUUUUAUUAAGAUACAUACCUCUUUUAUGAGUAUUGUUUUGUUCAGACUAUAAAUCAAGAUAAGAACAAAACUUGGUUUCUGGAGAAAACAGGUUGUUUUUGGCUUUUCAGUUGUUGUUUUUCUGCGUAUGCCAAAUUUCAUACAUGCAUCAGCAUUAAGAUGGUACCAGGGAUAUUCAGUUUUUGUGGCAUUUCUAAAUAUGGUACGCUGAGGAAAUUUUGUGCUGUUGAAAAAACUCCUGCAGUUACCUAAUUAUAGUCUGUGUUGCAAUGUCAGGUUGGUCUUGUUCAAGGUAAUUGACGUUCUAACAUGAAACGUUAAUGUCUCUGUCUAAACAUGUAUUGUGCACUUGAAAUAUUAGUCUGUGGCCUGUGUAUAUGUAUCGCAUACAUGAGUUAUUCACUAGACUUGUUUGAUACAAAUCAGAUGUUCAUAUGACUGUAUUACAUAUUCAGUGGUCUCCACAUAGAACUUAGUCUGCCUGUAUUGAUGGGGGCGUAAAACGUUCAAAAUUACAAUUUUCACCAGAGAACUGGUGCCCUGUUCUGACAGUCACAUAGUUUCACAGGAACUAGGUCUUUAAUAUCUUAUAACGCUUCAAAGAGGCCUGUAAUGCAUUUAAUCUUAUAGUAAACCUUCACACUUGUACAUAUAAAGAUAAAUAUGAUACUUUUUUGUAUUAAUGCCCAGGCUUACACACUUUUGUGUAUGGCUUUUUAUGUUUGUGGCUUUCCCUAACCAGACCCUCACUCUGCAAUGUGAAGUUCUUCAAUAAAGUGGGGCGUGAGGAAAAGGUUGGGUUUUUUUUGUUUUUCCAAAAUUUGUUUUGAGGGUUAUGCAAGCCAAAUCUCUUCAUACGUGUGAAGUGCAACAUUCCUUCAGGACUCGUCAAAAUUACAAUCAUUUCUUGUGUUCGGCUCCAAGGGGUGUUUUUCUCUCUUUUGUGCUUGCAGGAAAUUGCUUGUUGUGUUUGAUAUUGUAUUUAUUUACUUCUAAGAAAACCAGGGUCAUACUCACUUGUCACAAAUGAAUUAUAAUGUCUUUGUUAUUGAGGGGAAGUUGAUCAUCUGUCAUUAGCAAAAUGUAAAAAGAGAUAAGCUGUGUGAGGUUUUUGCUUCCAUUUCAUCCUCAGCUAUCUACUUUCCUAGAAAUACAUGUUUUAUCCCAAUUGUGCAUGAUUUUCAUUUUAUUUAUAAGCUUCCAUGCUGUCAACAAGUCUACAAAUUCAUGAAUACCCAGCUUUAAUCAACUUUUUCUCAAAAUUCUGUUUUACCGCUUUAGAUCCAGCAUGAUGGGAUGAGUUGUUGUCAUUGUUUCUGGCCAAGUUAGCUUACUCUAAGAAAGAUACAGUGUGUUCAAAGGAGAAAUCUUGGAAAAAUGUAGCUUUUUAUGAUGUGUGGAUUCAAGAUUACCAGCCCUUGUUCGAGGUUAGAAAAAAUAUAAAAUAGAAACUUGGCAGUUGUCAUUUCCUUUUUAGUACUCUCUGUCACUAAUGGGAGUGUUGCUGAUGUAGAAAAUGUCUCUAUGUUCUUUGCAUUAGAAGCGAAGAUUCCCUAUGAAUAUCUUUCCUUACUACAAACCAUGAUGGUAGGACAGGGUCACUGUUUUCAAGCUGACAGGGUAUUUCCUACAGACAUUUUGUCAUGGUUUGCAUUGUAUAAAGUAUUAUAUCGCUACCUACUAUGGUAAUUCAUUAGUGAAUUUGUUAUAAAGGGAUUCAGGCUUCCUAUGAUUUAAGAAAGUAGUUUUAAUGCUCGUGACCCUUCAUUUUUUUAAAGCCUUUUGUUUCUCUAUGAUUUAAGGCCAUGAUGGCUCUUAUUAUUCUUUGUUGGCUUCCUACUUCCUGAGGUGAUCAUGUGGUCAUGGUUCAGUUCUAAGAUUUUUUUCUUAAUUUUACAUUUAUUUCUACUGAGGGACAGAAAUGCGCAGAAGAUUCUGUUGAUGUACUUACUAUUUUUCUGUUUUCUUGUUCCCCUUUCUGCUUUUGCUGAGUCAUUCUCUGUAUAUCGACAUUUAGUGGCAGUUGCCUCUUUUGUUUAACCUUUGUAAUCCCUGAUCUGUGUUAACCUGAUUUACUUACUCGUUUUAUUGAUUUUCUUCUUGUAUAGCUAUUCAUGGUACAGUUUUGCAAUCAGCUUUGGAAAUGAGUUCUACCCUGGGAGUGGUGUGAUAAAAUUAUUCAAACUAAUCACAUUGUAAUAUUGUGGUUUUUGUUAAGUUAAACAUGACGUAGUUAACUGCAAGUGAAUGACAAUAACCAUGGCAAUGGCGCAGCUUGUGUGAUGUAAUGGUUGGGCUCAUGGCUGUUGAAGGCAAAAAAAGCCCCCAUGAUUUUUACAAGUCUUGAGUAGGGAAGUUAUUUUAUCAAGUAUCUCCCUCCGUGCGCUGAGAUGCUGUUUCCCACUCAGCCUGGGUUAGCCCUGAAUGGCCGGCCUCCUAAAUGACCUUAAUUGUAUUGAUAGGAAGUAGAUUUUACAAUUGUCGUAUAAACAACAGUGAAUUCAUUUAUCAUGUUAGGAUAAGGAUAAUAAUAUCACUGAAAACAAAAGAGAAGAAAACGAUUAAUCCAGAGCGCCCACCAACCGCUGACUGAAUAUAUUAUUCAUUGACAUUCUGAAAUGGAUUUUCAUUUAAUUAACUAUUUUGUGUAUUAAAAAAUAGAAUCGUAGAAAAGGGGCAGAUUUAUUUAUAUAAAAACUUAUUCUCAAGUGGCAUCACUUGCAGCAGUGAGAGCAUACUUUGCCUUGUGUAUCGGGCAUGGUGCUGUUGAUUUCUGACUCCCCUUCAGGUGCAUGGAUUUGAUGAUAUGCUAAAGCUAGUUUGGACUUGUUUGAAGUGUUACUAGUUUGCUAAAGACGUGAGAAGCAAUCAUUCACUAUGAAACUAUUUUUAAGGAGUUUUGAACUUACAUAGUAUUUUUAUGUGAAUUUGUUUUUUUAUGUACUUUAAUACUUCUGUUUCUGUGAUUUGAAAUCACCUUUUAAGUCUCCACUGUUUUAUAUUUAAGAAAUUUUUAAGUUGGGGAAUAUCGAUGCAUAUGUGUAAUCUGUGAGAUGCAUUUGUCUUACAGAAAUUAUGCAAUGAAAUUUGUGCUACUGUGCAUGAAAUAAAGCCCAAAUCCCAUAGCAUUGUAUUCACCCUAGCUUUGAGUAAAGUAUAAAUAAUAAUAUGUCACAUGUGUCACGGCGUGGUGGAGUCAGGCGCUCCUCAAUUUUUUAGCAUAUGGGGUUAUUGGUAUCAUCUUAAAGCCUGUUCAUUUGCCUCCCAUUUGGUGAAAAAAAUAUCCUUUUAUGUUGAAUGGAAGUGGAAAUAUAAUUGCGAUUGAAGGAGAUCAGGCUCGCAAGGUUCAGAGGUAAAAUUAA